AUGGUUGUAAACAAAACGUACGUGAGUGUCGGCUAUGCCUCGGUCGGUUUGCUUGUGGGAAUGUCUGCUUUUCUGGUGUGGAACGUCGUGUACAGACAGCCGUGGACCGCAGCCAUGGGAGGACUGUCAGGUGUGCUGGCACUGUGGACCCUCAUAACUCACAUCAUGUACCUGCAGGACCACUGGCGAACCUGGUUGAAAGGGCUCAAGUUUUUCUUUUUCGUCGGUUUAUUCUUUUCUGUGCUGGCGGUUGUCGCUUUCAUCACCUUCCUGUCAAUUGCUAUCCAGAACAAGGAGUCCCUGACUGACCCACGCAGUCUCUACUUGUCUUGCGUUUGGAGCUUUAUGACUCUCAAGUGGUCCUCUCUGCUUGCUCUGGCCUGCCAUCGCUACCGCAAGGAGUUCGCCGACAUCAGUAUUCUCAGCGACUUUUGA